CAGCAUAGAGCCAGGCAUUGCCUGCUCAUAGAGGAGCGGUAGAGGCGUGUGUCGGAGCAUAGCACUCCACGACACGACAGGGGAAGGAAGCCAUGGGCGAGGAGGUGAGGAAGGAGGAGGUGGAGAAGCCCAAGGCGGGGGUGGAGGAGAAGCCAAAGGAUGCGGUGGCGGAGGCGAAGCCCAAGAACGGGGAGGAAAAGAAGGAGGAGGCGCCACCGCCUCCGCCGGAGGAGGUCGAGAUGCGGGUCUACAUGCACUGCAAGGGAUGUGCCUUGAAGGUCAAGAAGAUCCUUAAGCGCUUCAACGGAGUGGAGGGCGUGAUUGCUGACUCCAAGACGCACAAGGUGGUGGUGAAGGGGAAGAAGGUGGCCGCAGACCCAACAAAGGUGAUCGAGCAUGUCCAGAAAAAGACCGGCCACAAGGUGGAGCUCCUCUCACCGAUACCGCCUCCGGUGGAGGAGAAGAAAGAAGAGGAAAGGAAAGAGGAGCUCGAGCCACCCAAGCCGGAGGAGAAGGAGGAGCCACCGGUGAUCCAGGUGGUGCUGAAGGUGCACAUUCACUGCGAGGUUUGCGCUCAAUGGAUCAGAAAGAGGAUCCUCAAGAUGAAAGGGGUGCAAUCUGCAGAGCUAGACCUAAAAGCAUCAGAGGUGACAGUGAAGGGUGUGUUAGAAGAGGCCAAACUAGCCAAGUACAUGUACAAGCGCAUCGGCAAGCACGUGUCCAUCAUCAAGUCUGAGCCGGUUGCCCCGCUGGAGAGCCCUGGCGGCGAUGACAUGGUCAAGGAGGAGAAGAAGGUGGAAGGUGUUGAGGAGAAGGAGAAGGAGGGUGAUGGCAACACCGGUGGCGAGGAGGACAAGAUGGAUAAAGAGAUGGACGCGGCAGCCAUCGCCACAGCCAACCUGUACAUGUACUACCCGCAGUUUGCAUUCCCUGGCGGUUACUACUCACCCCCGACACUACUACCUCCUGGGUACAUCUACCAAGCGGCCUACCCGCCACCGUCAUACACAGCAUAUGCGCCGCACCACCAGAUGAUGGCACCACAGACUUUCAGCGACGAGAACCCAAAUGCGUGUUCCAUCAUAUAAAAAGGUAGAACCAUGGGGAUCUAGAGACAAUAAGAAGUAGGGGAGCAGAAAUGGGAAGCUGCAUAAUUUGAAGAUUGUCUUUGCAAAAAAAGAAGGCCCGGCCCAUGAGCAAAGCAAAUGGCAACUUGAAGAAACAUACCAGUCUUUUUGAGGGGUUAAAUUUCCAUUUCUCUUUGUUCUUUUUUUUUGUAAGUUUAACCCCUUUUUUUCACCUUUCUGGUACAAAUGAAGUCUGGACUUGUCAUUUUAUUAUGGAUGCUAUCCUUAUGUGGAGUUUUGCCUUAUACUACCUCA